UUGAAAAAAAUGAUUUGCAUUCUCCAAACAAAAUGUUAAGGCCGAAUAUUGUCCGACAAUUGACCAGGAUUGGUUUCCUGAAUACGAUCAAUAAACAAAUGAUAUGUGGUAGUAAAAGAUUAUAUCAAGAUAAUCAUCAACAAACAUAUGAUGAAUCGGAAUUUUCUCAUAAAAACGAUGAUGAUAAUAUCGAACAACUGCCCAUGUAUGAUGGCCACAUCCUUUUAUCUCCAAUUCAAAGAACUUUAUUGUCAGUUGGUUCAGCGUUAGCAGCUCUUAAUGAUCCAUAUCGUGAUGAUGCAGUUGCCACAUUUGGUGAAACAACUGGCCAUUAUGCAUUACGACAGAUGUAUACUGAAAUGUUAAAACAUCCAGAAGGACAACGAAUCAUUCGUGAUCAACCGAGGAUCCAUUCGACAACUAUUGAUCUUGAAGCAUUAGGUCAACUUCCUCCAAAUACUUUUGGUUAUAAUUACUAUGACUUUUUGAGAAUCAAUAAAAUUACACCAGAUUCACGAAAACAGGUUCGAUUUGUUGAUGAUCCUGAAUUGGCAUAUGUUUGUCAACGUUAUCGUGAAGUACAUGAUCUCGUACAUUGCAUUCUUUCAAUGCCGACCAACAUGUUGGGUGAAGUUCUUGUCAAAUGGGUAGAAGCUAUUCAGACUGGUCUACCAUUAUGUUGGUUUGGUGGUUUAUUUGGAGCCGUGAAAUUGAAUGCCAAAGCUAGACAAGUAUAUCUGAAUCAAGGACUUCCAUGGGCAUUACAAUGUGGCCAUCAGGCUAAAAAAUUCAUGUGCAUUUAUUACGAAGAACGUUUUGAACAGGAUUUUGAAGACUUAAGAAAAGAGUUAAAUAUUCCGAAACCUCCGAAAAUCGGUAAAAUACGAUCACAUGUAUGAGUGAAUUGAUAGCCUUAAAAUAUGAGAUACAUAACAAAUGCUAUCAUUAAAUAAGAAAAAACUUUUCUAUAUUGUUGAAAAAACUCCA